AUGCAUUACCUGGCUCUCUCACUGGGCUUCUUGCGUCAGAUCAUGAAUACACUGAUCUUUGCCUAUUUGGCCUCAGUGUCAUUGGCUGCCUCACAGGGCCUUUUCCCAAGGCUGGAGAACGUGGGCGCUUUCAAGAAGAUAUCCAUUGUGCCAACCCAUGCCACAUGUGGAUCCUCAGGCCCCAGCACUUUCUGUCAUAGUGCGGCAGAUGCUAAAAGUGUGCAGGGGUGCACCCAGAGGCUGUGUAUCCAGGACUGCCCCUACCGUUCUGCUUCUCCUCCCUACACUGCCCUCCUAGAAGGCCUCCAGAGCUGCGUCCCAGCAGACCACACUGAUCUCCAUCCCUACUCCAGAAGCAACUCUACAAGCUUCAUAUUCAGAAGUCACAAGAACUGUCCUUCUCUACAAGCUCCGAAGCUGGCAGCAGAAUUUACCCUAGCUGUGUGGUUGAAGCCUGAGGAAGAAGGCGUGAUGUGUGUGAUGGAAAAGACAGUGGAUGGGCAGACUGUGUUCAAAGUUACAAUAUCUGAGAAAGGGACCAUGUUUUAUUAUCGCACAGUAAAUGGUUUGCAGCCUCCAAUAAAAGUAAUGACACCAGGGAGAAUUCUUAUGAAGAAAUGGAUUCAUCUCAGUGUGCAGGUGCAUCAGACGGAAAUCAGCUUCUUCGUGGAUGGUUUGGAAGAGAACAAUGCAGCGUUUGAUACAAGAACUCUUAGUGGUUCAGUUACAGACUCUGUCUCCAGCACAAUACAAAUAGGACAGAGUUUAAAUGGUUUAGAGCAGUUUGUUGGAAGAAUGCAAGAUUUUCGUUUGUACAAUGUGUCACUUACAAACAGAGAGAUUCUGGAGCUCUUUUCUGGAGAUCUCCCCCACUUGCAUACCCAGCCACAUUGCCGCUGCCCAGGCAGCCACCCCCGUGUCCACCCCUUCCUCCAGCAGUACUGCAUUCCCAAUGGUGCAGAAGAUGGACCCCAUCAUCGAGUAUCACGGUUGAAUCCCGAAGCCCAUCCUCUCUCCUUCAUCAAUGAUAAUGACAUGGCUACGUCAUGGAUUUCCCAUGUAUUUGCAGACUUGACGCAGCUCAAUCAAGGCGUGAUUAUUUCCGUAGACUUGGAAAAUGGACAGUACCAGGUAUUUCAAAUCAUCAUUCACUUCUCCAGCCCACAGCCUGCAGCAAUAAGAAUUCAGAGGAAGAAGGUGGACAGCUCUCCCUGGGAGGACUGGCAGUAUUUUGCUAAAAAUUGCAGUAUUUGGAGGAUUAAAGAUAAUGGAGAUUUGGAAAAUCUUGAUUCUGUCAACUGCCUUCAGUUUCCUGAUUUUACCCCAUUCUCCCAUGGUAAUGUCACCUUUGACCUCCUGACCCCUGGACAGAAGCAGCGUCCUGGGUACGAUGACUUCUACAAUAGCUCACUGCUUCAAGAAUUCAUGCAUGCCACUCAAGUGAGGCUGCACUUCCACGGGCAGUUCUAUCCAGCCGAGCGCACUGCUGACCCGCGACACAGAUACUAUGCAGUGGAUGAGAUCACCAUCACUGGGAGAUGCCAAUGCCAUGGACAUGCCGAGACCUGCGACAGGACCAGGCGGCCUUAUAGAUGCCUCUGCUCUCCACAGAGCUUCACUGAAGGACCUCAGUGUGAUCGCUGCUUGCCUCUUUAUAAUGACAAGCCUUUCCACAGUGGCGAUGAUGUUCAUGCAUUCAACUGUAAGCCUUGUCUGUGCAACAGCCAUGCCAGAAGCUGCCAUUAUGAUGCUUCUGUGGACCCAUUUCCUCUGGAGCACAGCAGAGGCAGUGGAGGAGUCUGUGACGACUGCCAGCAUCACACAACAGGGAGAAACUGUGAGUCGUGCCAGAAUUACUUUUACCGACCUGUUGGUGCAGAUCCUUCUGCUCUCGAUGUCUGCAAGCCUUGUGACUGUCACCCUGCAGGGACUAGAAAUGGCAACCUCCUCUGUGACCCGAUUGGAGGCCAGUGUGAUUGUAAGAGACAUGUGUCUGGCAGACAAUGCCUUCAGUGCCUGGAUGGAUUCCAUGACCUGCAGGCGUCGGAUCCUGACGGCUGCCGCCCCUGUAACUGCAAUCCCUCUGGGACUGUGGAUGGAGACAUUACCUGUCACCAAAAUUCAGGCCAGUGCUUGUGUAAAGCGAAUGUUAUUGGGCUUAGAUGCAAUCGCUGCAAUUUUGGAUUUAAAUUUCUCCAGAGUUUUAAUGAUGAUGGAUGUGAGCCCUGCCAGUGUAACCUCCAUGGCUCAGUGAACCAACUCUGCAAUCCACUUUCUGGGCAGUGUGAGUGCAAGAAAGAAGCCAAAGGACUUACUUGUGACACUUGCAGAGAAAACUUCUAUGGGUUGGCCGGCAGUGCUUGCAAGGCCUGUGACUGUAGUGUGACUGGCUCCCAGGCUGGGACCACCUGUGACGCGGAGACAGGGCAGUGUGUCUGUCAGUCCAAUGUCGGAGGGAGACAGUGCGAUCAGUGUCUGGAGGGGUACUUCAGCCUACAGCAGAAUUCCUUCCUCUGUUUGCCUUGCAACUGCGAGAAGACUGGGACAGUCAAUGGCUCUCUGUUGUGUGACAAAUCAAGUGGGCAGUGUCUUUGCAAAUCAGGAGUAACAGGUCUGCGCUGCAACCAGUGUGAGCCUCAUAGGUUCAAUUUGACGAUGGGCAAUCUUCAAGGGUGCCAGGUGUGUGAGUGCGACUCCUUGGGGACAUUACCUGGAAGCAUUUGUGACCCCGUCAGUGGCCAGUGCCUAUGUCUGCCUCAUCGGCAAGGAAGAAGGUGUGAGCAGUGUCAGCCAGGCUUCUACAUUUCCCCUGGCCAUGCUGCUGGCUGUCUACCAUGCUUAUGCCACACAGUUGGAGCAGUGAGCCGUGUCUGUAACAGCGUCACCGGGCAGUGCACUUGCCGUGACCCCUCCACCACUGGGCGGAGAUGCUGCCAGUGUCAAGACCGUUACUUUGGAUUUGAUCCUGAGACUGGAAGAUGCCAGCCUUGUCACUGUCAUCCAGCAGGAGCCUUGAAUGAAACUUGUGAUGUGGUCACAGGCCAGUGUUUCUGCAAACCGUUUGUCACUGGCUCCAAAUGUGACACUUGUGUUCCUGGUGCAAGCCACUUGGAUGCCAACAAUCUAUUAGGCUGCAGCAAAACUCCAGCCCAGCAACCUCCACCCAGAGAACAGGUUCAAAGUUCUUCCUCCAUCAGUCUCUCCUGGAGUCCACCUGUUUUUCCCAAUGCCCACUGGCUUACUUACACUCUGCUCAGGGAUGGUUCUGAAAUCUACACAACUGAAGAUCAGCUCCCAUACCAAACUCAGUACUUCUUUGACACUAGCCUGUCACCACACACGUCAUAUUCAUAUUAUAUAGAGACCUCCAGUGUGCAUGGUUCAACCAGGAGCAUAGCUGUCAUUUAUAAGACGGAGCCAGAGGUCUCAGAAGGACACUUGAACUUGACUCAUGUCAUUCCUGCUGGCUCUGACUCUGUGACACUUACCUGGUCUGCACUCCCCAACCACUCUGGUCCUGUGGAGAAGUAUGUUUUAUCAUGCACACCUAUGGACAGCAUUGAGCCCUGUGUCUCCUACGAAGGUCAGGAAACCUCAGCUACCAUCUGGAAUCUGGUUCCAUUCAGCCACUACCGUUUUUCUGUCCAGGGGUGUACUAGUCGGGGCUGUUUACACAGCUUGCCCAUUAUAGUAACCACAGCCCAAGCACCUCCUCAAAGGCUGAGGCCACCUGCACUACGGAAAGUCAGUUCCUCAGAACUCCACAUAGAAUGGUCUCCACCGGGGAAACCAAAUGGUAUAAUUGUAAGAUAUGAAUUAUACAUGAAGAGAUGGCCAUCUACUAAAGAAAGUCGCGUGUUUGGGAGCAGUGGUUGGCUCAGUCCUCACCCAGCUUCAAAGUCGCCCAACAAGAGUGAAAACACACUUCAGCCUCCCCAAAUCAAUGUGUCCAUCUCUGGCUUGGAGCCACACACAGAGUAUGCAUUUAGGGUCUUAGCUGUGAAUAUGGCUGGCAGUGUGUCAUCAGCCUGGGCCUCAGAAAGAACAGGAGAAUCAGCACCUGUGUUCAUGUUCCCUCCUUCCGUUUCUCCACUCUCGUCACACUCUCUCAGUGUCUCCUGGGAGAAGCCAGCAGAACACUUUACAAGAGGAGAUAUUAUAGGGUACAACAUCAGCAUGGUUUCUGUACAGUCCCCCCAACAAGAUGUUCCAGUGAUGUGCUCAAAGCUGUUGCAUUCUGCUAAGUCCCAGGACCUGUCUUAUGUCGUAAAGGGACUAAGGCCGUAUAGGAUCUAUGCCUUUACUGUCUCCCUCUGCAAUUCAGUGGGCUGUGUAACCAGUGCUUCAGGAGCAGGACAAACCCUAGCAGCAGCUCCUGCUCAGCUAAGGUCUCCCACGGUGACAGGAGUCAACAGCACCACAGUCCAUCUCUGGUGGCUUCCUCCUGCAGAAGUCAAUGGUCCCUCUCCCGUGUACUACCUAGAGAGGAGGGAUUCCUCUCUCCCAGCUCCCAUGGCUGCUAUGACAAAGGGAACCUGCUUCGUGGGAGAUGGUUACUGCAGAUUUCCCAGAACAGCUCACCCAGAUUUUAUAGGCAUCAAGGCUAGCUUCCGGACAAGGAUGCCUGAAGGGCUGAUCAUCCUCGCAGUGUCCCCUGACAACCAGGAGGAGUAUUUUGCCCUUCAGCUGAAGAAUGGCCGUCCAUAUUUUCUUUCCAAUCCCCAGGGAUCACUAGUGGAGGUUACCACAACUGAUGAUCAUGGCAAACAAUACAGUGAUGGACAGUGGCAUGAAAUCAUUGUGGCUAGGCAUCAGGCUUUAGGCCAAAUCACCCUUGAUGGACAAUACACGGGCUCCUCAGCUUCUCUGAACGGGAGUACCAUGAUGACAGGCUACACCGGACUAUUUGUGGGCGGGCUGCCACGAGGUCACUCUGUCCUCCAAAAGAGGCUUGAGAUAAUCCAAAGAGGCUUUGUGGGCUGCCUCAAGGAUGUGUACAUUACGAAGAGUUAUAGCCCCUCUGUGACUUGGAUGCCUCUGGAUUGGCAGAGUUCUGAGGAGCAGGUCAACAUGUAUCACAGCUGGGAGGGGUGCCCCACUGCCCUGGAAGAAGGAGUCCAGUUCCUGGGAGCAGGAUUCCUGGAGCUUCGUUCAGAUACGUUUCAGGCUGCAAAGGACUUUGAGAUUUCCCUGAAGUUUCAAACCAACCAGCUAAAUGGAUUGCUUCUUUUCAUUCACAACAAAGAGGGACCAGAUUUUCUUGCUAUGGAGCUGAAGAGCGGACUGCUGAGCUUCCGGUUAAAAUCCAGUCGUCGCUUUACACAAGUGGAUCUCUGGCUGGGACCGGCCUAUGGUGAUGGAAACUGGAACACAGUCAUUAUUAAAAAGGAAGGCUCCCUGGUGUCACUUAGUGUGAAUCAACUCAUGGAGCGCACCUCACAAGCUGGAGCCCAGACCCUGCAGGUGAAUUCACCUGUCUAUUUGGGUGGGAUCCCACAGGAGCUGCAGGACUCCUACAGCCAUUUGACUCUGGAACAAGGGUUCCGUGGCUGCAUGAAGGGAGUCGCAUUUACACGGGGUGCUGUCGUUAACUUGGCAUCUGUGUCCAGCCGUGCUGUCAGAGUCAAUCAGGAUGGAUGCCUAUCAAGUGACAGUACUGUUAACUGUGGGGGAAAUGACUCCAUCCUGGUUUACUGGGGAAGCCAGCGGAGUGUUUACGAGAGCGGGCUCCAGCCCUUUACAGAAUACCUGUAUCGGGUCAUAGCCUCCCACGAAGGAGGUUCGGUGUCAAGUGACUGGAGUCGGGGACGCACAACAGGCACAGCUCCAGAGAGUGUGCCAACUCCCUCAAGAGCCCAGAGCAUAAAUGGAUAUAGCAUUGAGGUGGCCUGGGAUGAACCCACUAUGGUUAAAGGUGUGCUGGAGAAGUACAUCCUGAAAGCCUAUGGUGAGGACAGCCUCCAGCCCCACAUACCCUCUGCCAGUGUUGAGCUCGACGACACCAGCACCCACACAGGCAUACUGACAGGACUGCGUCCCUUCCAGAGCUAUGCCGUAACUCUGACUGCUUGUUCUCAGGCGGGCUGUACUGAGAGCUCACAUGCUUUGAGCAUCUCUACUCCACAAGAAGCACCCCAAGAAGUUCAGACACCAGUGGCCUCGUCCCUUCCCAACUCCUUGUCAUUAUCCUGGAGUCCACCCAAACAAGCAAAUGGGAUUAUUACUCAGUACUCCUUAUUCGUGGAUGGGAGGCUGGUCUACACAGGCAAGGGACAGAACUACACAGUCACAGAUUUGGGGAUAUUCACAGCCCACGAGAUCAUACUUGGUGCAUGCACACACGUGGGGUGCACAAACAGCUCCCGAGUCAUCCUGCAGACAGCACAGCUGCCUCCAGAACAAGUAGAUCCCCCGACUUUGGCUGUCCUGGAUUCUAGAACUAUUCACAUCCAGUGGAAACAACCGAGGCAACUAAACGGAAUUCUGGAGCACUACAUAUUAUACACUUGGACUCCUACACAUAACUCCACAGUGUGGAACAUUGUCUACAACAGCACCAGAAACCUCCAGGCUUACCUGCUCCAGCACCUUUCCCCUGGGGGUCUAUACCUCAUCAAGCUGGGAGCAUGCACAGGCGGUGGCUGUGCCACCAGUGAGCCCAGCCAGGCCCAACUGGAGGAGACGGUUCCAGAAGACGUGCCAGCCCCCAGAGCCCACUCCUACUCACCAGACUCCUUUAACAUCUCCUGGACGGAGCCUGGGUACCCGAAUGGUGUGAUCAUAACUUACGAGUUAUAUGUAGACAAUGCAUUAAUUCACAAUUCUUCAGAACUCAGCUGCCAUGCCUAUGGAUUUGAUCCUGGGAGCCUGCACACCUUUCAAGUCCAAGCAUGCACAGCCAAGGGUUGUGCUAUGGGCCCAUUGGUAGAAAAUCGGACUCUAGAAGUUCCGCCUGAAGGCAUGGUCAAUGUACUUGUCAAAACUGAGGGAUCCCGAGAAGUCCACGUGCGGUGGGAAGCACCUCUUCACCCUAAUGGGCACUUAACCUACUCAGUUCUUUUUACUGGAAGUUUCUAUGCAAACCAAGCAGGGGAUAACUACACCCUUCUCAGUGGCACAAAAACCAUCCACAGCAGUGAAGGGAAGCAGCUCUGGGUGCUGGUGGACGGCUUGGUUCCUUACUCGCACUACACAGUACAAGUGAAUGCUUCCAACAGCCAAGGCAGCGUGCUCAGCGACCCUGUCUCUGUUGAAAUGCCUCCAGCGGCUCCAGAUGGCCUGCUGUCUCCCAGGCUUGCAUCUGCCACUCCAACCAGUCUUCAGGUUGUCUGGUCUACACCAGCUCGCAACAACGCUCCGGGCUCUCUCACGUACCAGCUCCAGAUGAGGCCCGGCCCCUCCACCCACAGCUUUCUAGAGUUAUUUCCCGAUCCUUCUGCAUCGUUAAGCUAUGAAGUGAGUGAUCUCCAGCCGUUCACAGUGUACAGGUUUCGGUUGGUUGCCACCAAUGGCUUUGGCAGCACACACAGCUCUUGGACUCCACUCAUGACCGCAGAGGAUGAGCCUGAACCAAUAGAUGCUCCAGUUCUUCUGAAUGUGAAAUCAAGAAUGAUGUCAAUCGUUUGGCAACAGCCUGUGAAGUGCAAUGGGGUUAUUACCCGUUAUAACAUUUACCAGCAUGGCCGUCUGUCCUUCACAGUCCCCGGAAAUGUCACUAACUACACUGUGGUUCAUCUACGCCCUCACACAGCCUAUCAGUUCCAGGUAGAAGCCUGCACCUCCAAAGGGUGUUCCAAGUCACCAGAGUCUCAGACUGUGUGGACACUCCCAGGAACACCGGAAGGCAUCCCAAGCCCAGAGCUGUUCCCGUACACUCCAACAUCUGUCAUUGUAUCUUGGCAACCCCCCACCCACUCCAGUGGCUUGGCUGAGAACUUUACAAUCCAGAGACGAGUCAAAGGGAAUGAGGAAGUUAGGAGCCUGGUGACUCUCCCAAGAAGUCGUGGUGCCAUGAAGUUUAUUGACAGGGACCCUGCCCUCAGUCCUUGGACACAGUAUGAAUACCGGGUUCUGGGGAGCUCCGUAAGUGGAGGCACAAGAAGAAGCGAGUGGGUAGAAGUCACAACAAGACCCUCCCGGCCUGCUGGAGUGCAGCCGCCCAGGGUGCAUGUGCUGGGACCAGAUGCAGUCAAGGUCACCUGGAAAGCCCCACUUAUCCAGAAUGGAGCCAUACUGAGCUAUGAGAUCCGCAUGCCCGACCCUCUCAUCACAAUAACCAAUGUGACCUCCAUGGUGUCCAGUCAUCUAAUCAAGCAUCUCAUGCCUUUUACUAAUUACUCAGUCACCAUUGUUGCUUGCUCUGGAGGUAAUGGGUACCUAGGAGGAUGCACUGAGAGUCUACCUACCUCUGCUACUACCCAUCCAGCCCUGCCUCAGGAACUGGCCCCGUUGUCCGCUGUUCCGCUAAGUGAAUCUUAUGUUGGGAUUUCUUGGCAGCCACCAUCCAAACCAAACGGACCAAAUUUGAGAUAUGAGCUUCUGAGACGCAAAAUCCAGCAACCACUUGCUUCAAAUCCCCCAGAAGAUUUAAAUCUGUGGCACAAUAUUUAUUCAGGAACUCGGUGGUUUUACAAAGAUAAGGGUCUUAGCAGGUUUACAUCGUACGAAUAUAAGCUCUUGGUACACAACAGCGUGGGCUUUACGCCAAGCCAAGAAGUGGCAGUGACCACCUUAGCAGGCUUUCCAGAGAGAGGAGCCACUGUCACCGCGAGCGUCCUUAACCACACAGCCAUAGACGUGAGAUGGGAGAAACCAACUCUUCAAGAUCUACAAGGUGAUGUGGAAUAUUACACAUUGCUUUGGAAUUCUGGGGCCUUGAAUAAAUCCUUGAAAAUCUUCCCAGAUGUAGAUUCACAUGUCCUUGGCGCCUUAGCUCCAAGCACUGAGUAUCAGAUUCUCCUCUCUGUCUUCAAUGGAGUCCAUGGAAUCAACAGCACAAUCGUGCAUGUGACCACAUAUGAUGAGGAGCCUCAGGGCAUGCUUCCUCCAGAGGUUGUCAUCAUCAACAGUACAGCUGUACAUGUCAUCUGGACAUCUCCUUCCAACCCAAAUGGCAUUGUCACUGAGUCUUCUGUCUAUGUAAAUAAUAAGCUCUGUAAGACUGGAAUGGAUGUGCCGGGGUCAUUUAUUCUGAAAGGCCUGUCUCCCUUCACUGUCUACGACAUUCAGGUGGAAGUCUGUACAAAAGAUGCCUGCAUGAAAAGCAAUGGAACCCAAGUCCACACUGCGGAAGAUACUCCAAGUGACAUUUCAAUACCUAUAAUCCGUGAUAUUACUUCAAGAUCCCUUCAAAUAGAUUGGAUGACACCAGGAAGUCCAAAUGGUAUCAUUCUCGGGUAUGACCUUUUACGGAAAACAUGGCAUCCAUGCCAUGAAACCCAGAAGUUAACAGAGGGACACAGUGAUGAGCUAUGCAAGGCGGUCAAGUGUCAACACCCUGAAAAUAUCUGUGGGCAGACUUGCUAUUCUCCGGAAACUAAGGUUUGUUGUGACGGACUUCUCUAUGACCCUAAGCCUGGAUACAGAUGCUGUGAAGAGAAAUACAUUGCAUUUCUUCCGAAUUCCACUGGCAUUUGUUGUGGGGGCCGAAUCCAUGAGGCACAGCCAGAUCACCAGUGCUGCUCUGGGUAUUACGCUAGAGUUCUUCCAGGAGAGAUAUGCUGUCCAGAUGAGCAGCACAAUCGAGUUUCGGUCGGCUUUGGUGAUGCCUGCUGUGGCAGAAUGCCAUAUGCCACCUCCGGGAGCCAGGUGUGCUGUGCUGGGAGGCUCCAUGAUGGCUAUGGGCAGCAGUGCUGUGGAGGAGAGAUGGUGAGCCAGGAUUUCAAGUGCUGUGGUGGAGGAGAAAAGGGCAUGGUGUACAGUCACCUCCCAGGAAUGCUGUGUUGUGGGCAGGAUUAUGUGAAUAUGUCAGAUACCAUAUGCUGCUCAGCUUCCAGUGGCGAGUCUAAAGCACACGUUAAAAAGAAUGACCCAGUGCCAGUGAAAUGCUGCGACACUGAACUUAUUCCAGAGAGCCAGCAAUGCUGUAAUGGAGUUGGAUAUAAUCCUUUGAAAUAUGUUUGUUCUGACGAGAUUUCAACUGGAAUGGGGAUGAAGGAAACCAGGGUAUGUGCAACUGUCUGCCCAGCAUCCGUGGAGGCCACAGCACACUGUGGGCAGUGUGACUUCAAUGCCACCACCCAUAUCUGCACUGUGACGAGAGGCCCUCUCAAUCCCAUGGGCAGGGUAGCAAUGGACAGACUGUGCUCUUCAGCGGAGGAGAUAGUUUAUUCAGGAGAUGUAAAUGCACAAUCCUUCAUAGAUGUAGACCUUGAACCCAGUACCAGGUAUGAGUACAGGGUUUCUGCAUGGAACAGCUUCGGGAGAGGAUUCAGCCAAUCUGUUAGAGCCAGCACAAAAGAAGAUGUGCCUCAAGGAGUCAGGGCCCCCAGAUGGGCCAGAACGGGCAACCCUGAAGAUGCUAUUUUCUUAAACUGGAAGAAGCCCAAACAGUCAAAUGGUCCUAUUACUCAGUACAUUCUUCUUCGAGAUGGAAGGGAGCGAUUUCGGGGAACAUCGCUGAGUUUCACAGACACAGAGGGGAUUCAGCCACUCCAGGAAUACUCGUACCAGCUGAAAGCUUGCACAGCUUCUGGCUGUGCGGUCAGCAGCAAGGUCGUCGCUGCUCCCACCCGAGGAAUCCCUGAGAGUAUCUCACCACCAAACAUCACAGCCCGGGGACCAGAGACACUGCACCUCAGCUGGAGUGUCCCUGAGAAAACGAAAGAUGUCAUUAAGGAGUACCAGCUCUGGCUGGGUGGGCGAGGGCUCAUCUACACAGACACAAGUGACAGGCGGCAGCAUACGGUCACAGGUCUUCAGCCAUACACAACCUACAGCUUCACACUUGCAGCUUGUACAUCUGCCGGAUGCACUUCCAGUGAGCCCUCUGUAGGUCAGACCCUGCAGGCUGCCCCUCAAGGAGUUUGGGUGACACCUCGACACAUCAUCAUCAAUUCUACAACCGUGGAAUUAUAUUGGAAUCCUCCAGAAAAGCCCAACGGCCUCAUUUCUCAAUAUCAGCUGAGGCGUAAUGGAAGCUUGCUUCUCGUGGGCGGCAGUGAUGAACAGAAUUUCACUGAUAAAAACCUGGAACCCAACAGCAGGUACGUUUACAAGUUAGAAGCAAAAACGGGAGGAGGCAGCAGUGUGAGCGAGGAUUAUGUUGUCCAGAUGCCUGUGUGGACCCCAGAAGACGUCCGUCCCCCAUGUAAUGUCACCACACUGGGCUCUGAUUCCAUAUUUGUAGCAUGGCCAACACCAGGGAUCCUGGUUCCCCAGAUUCCGGUGGAGUACAGCAUCUUACUCAAUGGUGGAGGUGUGAUGCUCUUGGCCUUCUCUGUUGGACGCCGUCAAUCUGCCCAUCUGAAACACUUGACUCCAUUCACACAGUAUGAAAUAAGGAUACAAGCCUGCCAAAAUGGAGGCUGUGGAGUUAGCAGUAGGAUGUAUGUCAGAACGCACGAAGCAGCCCCAGUGGGUCUCGCAUCCCCUCUUCUGAAGGCUCUGGGGUCAUCUCGCAUAGAGGUUGAGUGGAUGCCACCUCAAAGGCCCAAUGGAGUCAUCUCCGGCUAUGUCAUUCACAGACGUCCUGCUGACACAAAAGAGGAGGCUCGCCUCUUUGUCUGGUCGGAAGGCCCUCUUGAGUUCACUGAUGAUGCAGACACCCUGCAGCCUUUUACACUGUAUGAGUACCGAGUCAGAGCCUGGAACUCCAAGGGUGCAGUGGACAGCCUGUGGUCAUCAGUACAGACCUUGGAGGCCCCACCUCAAGGCCUCUCAGCACCAUGGGCCCAAGCCACCAGUGCUCAUUCAGUGCAGAUGAACUGGACAGAGCCUGAGGCCUCCAAUGGCGUUAUCUUCCAGUACCACGUGAUCUACCAAGAGCGACCAGAGGAGGCAACCCCUGAGAGCUCUACUGUGCAUGCUUUCACAGUGAUGGGAACAAGCCAUGAAGCCCAUCUUUUUGGGUUAGAACCAUUCACAACAUACCACAUGGGUGUGGUCGCUGUGAACAGUGCAGGACAAGUGUCAAGCCCCUGGACUCUGAUUAAAACUUUAGAAUCUUCCCCAAGUGGACUGAUCAACUUUACAGUGGACCAGAGGGAUAAUGGCCGGGCUUUGCUGCUCCAGUGGUCGGAGCCAGUGAGAACCAAUGGAGUGAUCAAGGCAUACAACAUCUUCAGCGAUGGGCUCCUGGAGUAUUCUGGCCUGGGUCGACAGUUUCUCUUCAGGCGCUUGGCCCCCUUCACCCUCUACACUCUGACCCUGGAGGCCUGCACAGCAGCAGGCUGUGCUCACUCAGUGCCCCAGCCUCUCUGGACAGAGGAAGCCCCUCCAGAUUCUCAGUUGGCUCCUACCAUCCAGGCUGUGGAGUCCACCAGUGUAAGGCUAAACUGGUCUCAGCCAGCUAACCCGAAUGGGAAGAUAAUUCGUUAUGAGGUGGUUCGAAGCUCCUUGGAAAGAGAGGAUUGGGGGAAUGGGACAACUCAGGUGAAUGGGAACAUUGUUUUCACGGAACACAACACAGGAAGGGACUCUUGGGUGUAUAAUGACACAGGUCUACAGCCAUGGAGGCGAUAUGCUUAUAGAAUCUGCACUUGGAAUUCUGCAGGGCACACCUGUAGCUCUUGGACUGGGGUAAGGUCAUUGCAAGCACCCCCAGAGGGCCUUUCCCCACCUGAAAUAUCCUAUGUGUCUAUGAAUCCCCCCAAACUGCUGAUUUCCUGGAUCCCACCCCAACACUCGAACGGCAUUAUCCAGUCCUACAGACUUCAAAGGAAUGGAGUGUCCCAUCCUCUCAGUUUCAACGCCAGCACCUUCAACUACACCGACAGCCAGCUGCUUCCCUUUUCAACGUACAGUUAUGCAGUUCUCGCCUGCACCAGUGGUGGCUGCCAUACCAGCAGAACCAACGCCAUCACCACUCCUGAAGCACCUCCAUCAGGAGUCAGCCCUCCAGUUCUUUGGGCCAUCGGUGCUAGCCAGAUAAACGUGUCUUGGUCCCCGCCAUCAAUGCAAAAUGGAAAGAUUGCUAAGUAUUUGCUUAGAUGUAACGGUCAGGAGUACAUGGCUGGGCAGGGCCUGUCCUUUCUGGUUUCCAACCUGCAGCCUUUUACUCAAUACAGUAUCUCCCUCGUAGCCUGUACAAAUGGAGGAUGCACUGCUAGUCAGACUGUAUCUACUCGGACAAUGGAGGCCCCACCAGAGAACAUGGACCCCCCAAUACUGCAAGUCACAGGCUCAGAAUCAAUAGAAAUUACAUGGAAACCUCCAAGAAAGCCACACGGCCAGAUCAGAAGUUACGAGCUUCGGAGAGAUGGAGCCAUUGUGUAUACAGGGCUGGAAACUCGCUACCAUGAUUUUACCCUUACCCCAGGUGUAGAAUAUGGCUACUCGGUGACUGCCACCAACAGUCAGGGACGUGCCUUGAGCCCGCUUGUCAAGGAUCAAACCAGUCCCUCAGCCCCCUCAGGCUUAGAGCCUCCAAAGCUACAUCCCGGGGAUGCUCUUGAAAUCUUAGUGGAUUGGGAUGCUCCAGUGAGGACAAACGGUGAGAUCAUCAAUUACACCCUCUUCAUCCGUGAGCUGUUUGAAAAGGAAAUCCGAACGAUGUGCAUUAAUACAACACACAGUUCUUUUGAUACACGGUCACUCACAGUAAAGCACCUGAAGCCAUUUCACAGGUAUGAAAUUCGUGUCCAAGCCUGCAAUGCCCUGGGAUGUGCCUCCAGCGACUGGGCAUUGACCCAGACCACAGAGGUACCACCUCUGAUGCAACCAGCCCCACAUCUGGAGGUGCAGACAGCUGCAGGGGGAUUCCAGCCCAUAAUAGCUGUGUGGUGGGCAGAACCACUUGAGCCAAAUGGAAAAAUCAUAUACUUUGAAUUGUACAGAAGACAAAUAGCAACUCAACCUGAGAAGUCCAGCCCAUUGUUAACCUACAAUGGAAGCUUAAGCUCAUUUACGGAUUCAGAGCUGUUACCUUUUACAGAGUAUGGAUAUCAGGUAUGGGCAGUGAAUUCUGCAGGAAAAGCCCCAAGUAACUGGACUUGGUGUAGAACUGGACCAGCCCCACCAGAAGGUCUCAAAGCGCCCACAUUUCACACUGUCUCCUCCACCCAAGCGGUGGUCAACAUCAGCACACCCGAGAGACCCAAUGGGAACAUCAGCCUCUACCGGCUGUUCUCCAACUCCAGCAGGACCCAUGUUGUGCUGUCUGAAGGCAUGGCCACUCAGCAGACCCUUCAUGACCUGAGACCCUUCACCACCUAUGCCAUCGGGGUUGAGGCCUGCACCUGUUUCAACUGCUGCAGCAGAGGGCCAACAGCCGAGCUGAGGACCCACCCUGCCCCACCCUCAGGGCUGUCUCCACCUCAGGUCCAGACACUGAGCUCAAGGAUGGCCUCCUUCCAGUGGACACCCCCUCGGCUCCCUAAUGGUGUCAUUCACAGCUAUGAACUACAGCUGCACCGGCCUUGUCCUCCUGAUUCGGCCCCACCCUGCCAUCCCAGCCACACAGAGACCAAGUAUCGGGGCCCUGGGCACAGAGCCAGCCUGGUGGGGCUGCAGCCUUACACUACCUACAGGGUGCAAGUGGUAGUCCACAACGAGGCAGGCAGCACGGCUUCUGGGUGGACCAGCUUCAGCACCAAGAAGGAAAGGCCUCAGUACCAAGUCCCAUUCUUGGUGAACAGCAAUGAAUCCACGGUAUGUGUAGACUGGAGUGGUACUUUCCUCCUAAAUGGCCAGUUAAAGGAGUACGUGGUCACCGAUGGAGGACAGCAGGUGUACAGUGGCCUGGACACCACCAUCUACAUACCAAGGACAGCGGACAAAACUUUCUUCUUCCAGGUCACCUGCACAACAGACAUGGGAAGUGUUAAGACUCCACUGUUCCAGUAUGAUGCCACUACUGGGUUUGGCCCAGUGCUGACAACUCCUGGAGAAAAGAAGGGAGCAGGGACCAAAAUCACAGAGUUCUACACUGAGCUGUGGUUCAUCGUGGUAAUGGCGGUGUUGGGCCUGAUCUUGCUGGCCAUUUUUCUGUCCUUGAUUCUACAAAGAAAAAUCCACAGGGAGCCAUGUAUCAGAGAGAGACCUCCCUUAGUGCCUCUUCAAAAACGAAUGACCCCACUGAGUGUCUACCCUCCAGGGGAAACCCAUGUGGGAUUAGCCGACACCAGAAUCCCUCGGUCUGGGACGCCUUUGAGUAUUCGGAGCAGCCGAAGUGUGUCUGUACUAAGGAUCCCAAGUCAAAGCCAAAUCAGCCAGACCUACUCCCAGGGCUCUCUCCACCGCAGUGUCAGCCAGCUCAUGGACAUUCCAGAGAAGAAGGGCUUGGCAGAGGACUCGCUCUGGGAAACUAUUAUGGGCCACAGCAGUGGACUGUAUGUGGAUGAAGAGGAACUAAUGAAUGCCAUCAAGGGUUUCAGCUCAGUAACCAAGGAACACACCACCUUCACCGACACCCACCUGUAAAGAACGGAAGUUACAACAUGGAAAUCUGGGGUGCGUGUGCUCUGUAUCCUGUUUCUCCUGGUUACCACAUGUCACAGAAGCUGAAAAAUACUUAAAGAAAACUUUUUAAUUUUUCCUAAUAGAGACUUAAGAACUAUUUCUCUGGUUUUCUCAAAUAAGGAAUUCCGUUGCCUUGCUGAUUUUGUGGAUGACAAAACCUUCGGUUCUCUGGGUUCUGCCUGGGACACUGUUAAAGGAACAGUGCAGGCCAUUUCAAGACAGCGAACACUUGUUAUCAGUAAUGAGAUGGUACUGGUUUAAAACCAGGCACGACUACGAGGAGGGCGGUGAAAUCCUAUGAGCAAUACCUGCACUUGCGAUUGCAGCUCCACACUGAAGCAGAGAACCAGCUCUGCAUGCACACAUGGGGAAGGUUCUAGGGUUGCUGCUGAGAGCUUCCCACAGUCCAACUACAGUCCAGCCACACACAGCUCUCCUAGCUGUUCCUAAGAACUUAGCUCAUGCAUGCAAACUGGGAAUGUUACAACCAGAACACCAUUGCUUGAACCCAGGUCUUGUUUCAGAACUAAAACCUGCGAGAUCGUCAAUUAGUACUUUCCAUAAAAUAUGAAUCUGCUGCUCCCAGAAAACCUCCUUUAGUUUUAAAAGUUUUAGAACAUUUUUCUGAGUUUAUGUGACAAUAUCUUGUGGCCCUUUGCGAGGGACUAACUGCUUAUUUUGCUGAAAAGCCACUAUUUACCUAUGAUCCAACAGUCCAAGGCUGGACUUCUGGGAUGCUGAACUGUCAUCCAAACCUGUGGCACACAUGCCACCCUUCAGUGUCAAAGCAAAGAGUGGAAUUAAACACUUCCACCCCUUGUCACAACUAAAGUGGCAGGGCAUCCACAGUGGCUGUACACAUCCUAACACGCAUUUUCCAUCUUGCCAAAAGUUUUCUACCUUUUGAAAUAGAAACAGAACUGGCCAGUCCACUAAGCUUUAUCUCACAUAAUUAUUCGGUUAUAGCAAAGAGGGCCUGCCUCUCAUGGCUGCAGGUAGGCGCUACCAGGAUCAUGAGGUCCUACAUCUGGGUAGCAUUUUUCCAAUCAGGAACAAAUCAUUAGUGAGAAAUAUUGUCUAAACAACAGCUCCUGAGGACUAAGCCUAAUAUCUAGGGAGGAUGAUCCCCUGGAGUGUGAUACUUUCCUGCUGUGUGUUUAGCACCAUGCAGGCAGCCAACAUUAAUCAUUUCUUUUUAACUGUCAAGGCUGAAUGAGGGUCUGAUCCUCGGGUCACUGGGGCUUGCCAGUUGUCCCAUCUAUGUGAGGGUAGGUCAGAAACCUUGUUUGACCAUGGCUUCAUUCACAAAUAUGGAGGAAAUUUCCCUGCUGACAUGCCUCUCUGUAGACUCAAUUUGAGCUCUAACCAGUCUACAGUCACUGGAUAACAUCUCCAUAGUCUCCCUGAACAAGACAACAGGUGAUUCCCUAGUUAUACCUCAGAGGUCCCUGGGACAAAGCUGACCUUGAGAGGGAAAUGGGAAGUGGCCUUCCUCUUAAUCCCUCUGACCACAUUAGUCUCCCAAGUAUGGUUCCCCAACACUUAAAAGUUCCAGACUGCCUUCACUGGCCUUCUAUCCACUGAGUAGUAUUUAGAUAAAGCUUGGGGGCAGGGGGGAACAAAACACUGAAACUUUAGUUUAGAUGUGAUUCUGAUCUUUAAGCCAAUCCUUGGAAUUGCUACAGAGAUAAAAAUAACUCCAUUGAUUUAAGCAGAAGUUUGAUAUCAAUGUAUUAAACUCUGACCUGUUACAUACCAUAUAUAACUUGCCCAGACCCUGGUAACUUGUGUAUGCUUUCUAAUGAGACUUAAUGACAUGAAUAAACCUACCUGAGAUGAUCUUUACAAGUUGGCUUGGUGGAUGCCAUGGCAGCUGUUUGGCUUCAAAGAUAGUGUCGUGUAAUAGCGCCUUAAUAAAAAAAGAUUGAACCCAAACUACAUCUGUAGUAACUUAAUACCACCUGUAUACACGCUGCUCCCCUGAGGGCUGGUGAGUUCCCAGGUAAACCUUACAGAAAACACCAGUCUUCACACAGCAGAGUGAUCUACCACAACAGUGAGUAGCAGACAAAGCAAACUGCAGUUCUGGACUUACUACAUAGGUGGUUUCUGUUUUUUUCCAUUAGUUGCGUCAUGAUGCCUUUACUCUUUGAUUCUGUGGCAGGGAGAAACAGCCAGAGGGCCAGCUGAUUCAGGAAAUGCCAAGAUUUGGUAUCUCCAGAGCUAGCCUCUCAGGGACUCAAACAGCACAGGAGAAUUUAAUGCACACACAAGGCAUUUAUUUUCUCUUCUCUAAAACUCAACAGAGUGGCUUACAAUAAAUAGACUUGCUGUUGAGUCCAUUGACAACGAACUGGACCCAAAAUGCCUUGUCCUUAUAACCCGUUGAGACUGGUUCAGACGACAAGUCUCAUCACCUACGGGAUCAUGCAAUGGGUACAGGGAUGGAGGGACACAGAAAAGUUUUCUUUCCUUUUGGAGCCUUUAAACUUUAUAAAACCCUGGGUGGGCACUGGAGCACUGCUUGGAAGCCUGUACCCACAACCAAUUUCUGGGUGUUUGCAAAUGGAGACAGACAACCUGAAAAACUCAAUAACCUGUUUUUCUUUUGGUUCUUCUCAUGAGUAGGCUCCAUGAACAAAGGUGGGUGUGAAUUCUCCCAUCAUCUCAUGCAAAGGAAACAUCCCAGAAUGAAUUGGGGCUAUACUUGGCAAAAGGAAAUCAGGUUGUGAGUGUCUUAGAGCCUUGUCAUGUUCAGUGCUACAGGAAGCAGCUGAGUGGACGAUGGGAGACUCUGGAACCCAUUUGUCCUGCCUGCACUGAGACAGAGGAGAGACUUACGUCAGGGUCGGCCUUUCUCUGCCACCCUGUUCGUCCUGAGCAGAGGCCAGACUGAGCAGUGAGAUCUCCACACCUACCUGUGCCUCAGUCCCCUACAACUCCCAGCUCCUCUCCAGUCUUUGUCAGGGUCAUCUUGUCCCCUUGUCUGUCCCUGCAUAAACUUGGGCCCAGGUACCCACAGUUCCAUUUGUUUCCAAGAUGCCACCAUCUCUCAGCACACUUGGCUUACCUUAAGAACCAUUUUCUAUGCCUCGACGUGACAUUAAGCCACGGGAGCUCGGUGCACACCAAGUGAUACAUGCUGCUCUGCUGUGGCCUCACAGGAUCUGAAGGCCAAGGUUAAGACAUUUCCAGUGACCAGCAGUUCACCUCAGUGCACAGACCUAGAGGAGAAGCAGAUGCAGAAGACAGGCAAAGAGGCUCCAGCCACUGGAGAUGCAGGGCAGAAAGAACAGUUAUGAAGACCAACGGAGCCUUCCCCUCCAGCCUCCCAACUGAGUAGGAUGACCUUCUUUGUUACCAGCAGCAGCUUGUCCUGCACCUGGCCCUGCACUAAUGCAAACUCACACGAACCAGGAAGGCUCGUAAGCCUCCAGGAACCAGGAAGGACAUAAAGCUAUGCUGCUGAGAGAGGGUCCUCUGUUUCCUCCAUGGGCUGACCGUAGCAGUGCUGGGAGGAAAGCUAGCCCAGGGCCUGCUACAAGUGUGUGCAAUCUUGCAACUGCCACACCCCACCCACAGCUCCACAGCCAGUGCUCGUCCAUUGGUGUGUGGGUGGGUGGGGGACCUCCAGAGCCCGCUGUCUUUCAGGGCCAACAGAGCUUUGCACAUAGUAAGGACAGGGAGGGGAGAGGGGAGGCCAGUCUGGAAAAGGUAUGUGUGUGGAGGGAGCAUGGGUAAGGUCAGCCAGGCGAUGCAGCUAUGGGAGACCCUGUUCCUCAGCCUCUCCACACAGUAUACAUCCUAUGAGUUCCAACGACAACAAAGACAAGCUUGCAGUAGCCACAGUAUUCUGCACCAACAGCUAAAGCCCCUCUGGGGUGCCAGCAUGUAAAGCUUUCUUACUCAGAAAGGACUUUGCCCCCUCCCUCCCUCCUAGAGGCCUCAAUGGGAAUUUCGGGCCCACUUCACCUCAAAUCAAAGCAAGCUCUGUCGGAAAUCAAGACUAAGAACUAGAAUGGCUCAAGAAACAGAAAGGUGAACAAGUUUCUCUUUGUCCAGCCAGCCCAGGCCCCGGUGCCUGCACUCAGCUUAAAUUCUAAUGACCCGAGUGACAUUCUCCAUGCAUACCCAGUGAGGAAUUAGCCUUCUCCCAUUAUUCUUCACCAGGAAUAUGAUCAAUGAUUAUCAAUAUCAUUAUUAUUGGGGCUCAUCGCUUGUGUUUCUUGGCUAAGGAGUGGCAGCAGAACUCCCCACUCAGUCACAAGAUAAACAGCACACCACUCUACUAACCCACUAUUCCCCUUCUCUGGGUGGGCUGAGAGCUGACUGGGUAGAGAGGACCAAUGCAGGAAGGGAGCUUCCACCAAGUCCUUCUCCUGAUUUUCAGUCAAGUGUACUUGCAUAGAUGUCACCUCAAAUCCUGGAUGAGCCCCCCAGGAAAUAUAAUGGGGUGCUGUUCUUGUCUAGGGGAUCACUGAGUACUUUCUCAGGGAUAGACAAAGAAGUCAACAUCUUGGAAAGGCAGGAGACCCAGCUGCCAAGGAAGCAAACCGAACAGCUUCAUCCCUUCAGGCUGAGAGGGACCCGAAGUCUGGGAGUCUGCUGAUGGGAAUCUAGGCUGUAUUUUACAGGGCCCUGGGGUACUCCCUGUGCCUGUCUGUCCUGUCUAGACAACCUGCCCACUCCUUCCUGCCAUUCUCCUCCCACUGCCUUCAUCUCAGGAACUGCCCUCAGCGUGAACGACACACAAAGAACUCAAGCAUUUCCCAGUCUGUUCGAGCACGCUAUGCCGCUCCGGCCCUCAUGCUGGCAUCCACAUAACACACUACAGUAGCUGGUGAGGAAAGCAAAGGACAGGUACAACAAUGCAGUCGUAAUGCACGUAAAGACGGUCAGAACAGAUAUUUAAAUGUGAACAAGGUUUAAUAUACUUAUGAAAGAAUAUUCUAGCAAGCCUGAGAUACACAUAAAAAAUGACAGAGGCAUACCUAUUAAGAAACCAGAAUGUGCCGGGCGGUGGUGGUGCACGCCUUUAAUCCCAGCACUCGGGAGGCAGAGCCAGGCAGAUCUCUGUGAGUUCGAGGCCAGCCUGGGCUACCAAGUGAGUCCCAGGAAAGGCGCAAAGCUACACGGAGAAACCCUGUCUCGAAAAAACCAAAAAAAAAAAGAAACCAGAAUGUGAUGAGCAUGUUCUGAUCCAACGUACACUACAAUCAACUGUGAUUCCCUUCCCAAAAUUGAGUUCACUACGACACUCAAAUUCAGCAAGGUUGGAAUAGGGCUAGGACAACUAUAUUUAACACCAGGCCAGGCAAUCCUAAUGGGAAAGCCAAGAAGGAAACUGUAGGUUUUUCAAACAAAAGACCUCAGUCCGAAAGCUGGCUCAGCCACUGGCUGCUAUUACCCUCUGUGGUCUGCGCCAUCUGUGAGAUGAGAACAAUACUUACCCCCUCAGUAGAACGAAACGGCUUGCACUGUUUUAACCAUGAAACUGUUCUUCCUUUUGCAACAGAGUACACAGCUAUGUUUCAUUAUUGUCCUUUGAGUCACAACCUUGACAAGGUAGGCACAGCGAUCUAGACAAGUGGAAUCCAGCUCUCCUGUAGAUGGGAGACCCAAGGCUAGACCUGCAGAACGCUGCUGCAGCCAUGCUUUAAUAAGUUACUCUUCCAUGUUGAGACAGAGGCUCACGAUGUAGCCCAGGCUGGCCUCCAAUUGCCAGGUUAAGAUUAAGGUUCACAUGAUCUUUCUAUGAAAUUUUAGUCCCAACCAACUUUCC